AUGAGCCAAGUCGCUGUCGCUCCUCCAGUACAGCUAUCGUCAAAGACGACUGAGUAUCUCGCCAGCUCCUCGCGCUAUCGAGAUGUCGACAAGAUUCUCGAUCGUCGUGGACCAUGGACGGAUGAGCAAUUCCAAGGCGGUCAGGCUGCAAAAGACUUCCUUCGACAACAGUGCAAGAUCCUCGUCAUUGGUGCGGGUGGUCUGGGAUGCGAAAUUCUCCAGAACCUAGCGUUGACUGGGUUCCAUAACAUCCAUGUGAUCGACAUGGACACUAUCGAUAUCUCAAAUCUGAAUCGGCAAUUUCUGUUCCGAGAAACGGAUGUAGGCGGAUCAAAAGCCAAUGUCGCCGCUGCGUUCGUGAUGCAGCGUGUUCCGGGAGUUAAAGUCACGCCCUACUUUGGCAAGAUCCAAGACCACCCCGCCUCGUUCUACGGCAGCUUUGAUAUCAUCAUUGCCGGUCUGGACUCCAUUCCCGCUCGGCGGUGGAUCAACGCUACCCUUGUGGAGAUUGCGGAGCAGGAUGAGAAUGUGACACCGCUCAUUGACGGUGGGACUGAGGGCUUCAGGGGACAGGCUCGAGUCAUCCUUCCUGCUGUAUCAUCAUGCUACGAAUGCUCCAUCGACACUAUCGCUCCACCAACAGCAUAUCCCAUCUGCACGAUCGCCAACACCCCUCGACUCCCUGAACACUGUAUCGAAUGGGCGAGCGUCCUCGAGUGGCCCAAAGUCUUCAAAGACAAGAAGCUGGAUACGGAUGAUCCGGACCAUAUCGAAUGGUUAUAUCAGCGCGCGUCGACCCGCGCGAACGAGUUCAAGAUUGAAGGUGUGACCUGGGCGCUUACGCAGGGGGUGGUGAAGAACAUCAUUCCUGCUAUUGCGAGUACGAACGCUAUCAUCGCCGCUUCAUGCUGCAAUGAAGCCUUCAAACUCGCCACCCUCGCCGCGCCCUCACUCGACAACUACAUGAUGUACUCAGGGAACGAGUCCCUCUACGCCUACACAUUCGAAUACGAAAAGCGCGCGGACUGCCCUGUAUGCGGCGGCGAGUCGAUCGAGGUGCAGGCGGAGAAGGACUGGACGUUGGAGACCUUGUUGGAGAAAUUAGAGGACAGGCAGGAUCUACAAAUUAAGCGUCCUUCCCUGGCGUACGAGUCUGGCGCACCCCUCUUCUUCCAGGCUCCUCCGCAGCUGCACGAAGCGACCAAGCCGAACCUCGCCAAAAAGCUUUCCGAGCUGUUCAGCGAGGACGCGAGCGUGGUGAUCACGGAUCCCAACCUCCCUUUCCAGGUCACGGUAUCCAUCAAGCUGGUCUAA